UCUUCCACUACUUCCUGCAUGUGCCGACAAUAUGGCAGCGCCCCUGAGCAUUCAUCUGGAGUUUGGUGGUGGAGCAGAGCUGCUGUUUAAUGGUGUGAAGGAGCAUCAUGUGACUCUUGCAAGCCAAUCAGAACCCUGGGAUGUGAGGCAGCUGCUGGUCUGGAUCCAACGGAACCUGCUGAAGGAACGGCCCGAGCUCUUUGUCCAGGGCGACUCUGUGAGACCUGGGAUUCUGGUGCUUAUCAAUGAUGCAGACUGGGAGCUAAUGGGGGAGCUGGAUUACCAACUACAAGACCAGGACAACGUGGUGUUUAUUUCUACCCUUCAUGGAGGAUAAAGAAAAUGAUUCCAGGAAAAUAAACAUCUCCGUAACAGCCUUUUUUUUUCUCCCCUUCCACAUCCUCUUCCACAUCUCAACAACGCCUCACCCCAUUGGACGCUGCCCGCACCGUGACAUCGAAGGUGAUUGAUGUCGGUGUGCAGGAAUGAGUGGAAAUUCAGAGAUGGCUACCAAGAAAAAUGUGGAAAUGGGGAGACAGGAAUUCUACGAUAGUUUGUGUAAAUACCAACAUGUUUUAUAUUUGUAAUACUGGAUCGGUUUAAACACAUGAAGUACUGGUCGCCUCACAGGUGUGUGUGUUAAUGCCCAUGGUUGUUGUGUAAGCCUACAUCUCACUGCAUUCUCUUUUCCAGCAUGACUGUGAAAGUCAGUAUCACCUCAUCAGAAGGACUACAAUGACCUUCAGGUCAUAAACAUAUAGAAAAAAAGGAUAAACUCAACAAUAUUAACUGUAACCUAUAUAAAAUGCUUAAAAACACUCUUAAUUGGAUUUGAGUAGAUAUAGGGAAAUUGCAAGUCUUAAUCUGUGCAUUUCUUAAAUGUUAGACCUUUCUCUAUAAAAUUCAUAUUUUUUCAAUAGGAUUACAAUUGUUUUGCACAAGCAGCCAGCUGUGGAGGCUUCACAUCUGCAUGAAAUAAAGCAGUUUUAUUUAAAACAUCAUGAUUGUAAUGACAUCAUAUUAAAGAGUGUAAUGCA